AUGGGUACUGUUAUAUCUAGAGAUAGAGAUAAGAGCUUAUACUAUACGUUAGAUCUCAAUGAGAAACCCCUAGACCGAUGGAUAUCUGAGUCAAAGCACCUGUUGAAGACCAUCGAAAGGCUUGAUAUUUCCCGCCAAGAUUUGGUGGAGUUGCCACCUCAAAUCACGCGGAUUACGAAUCUCAAAUAUUUACAGGUAUACGAUAAUCAGCUGAAAACCUUACCGAAAGAAAUAGCUAAGCUGAAUAAGUUGAUGGUGUUGCUAUUAAACGAAAACUCCGUGGUUGAGCUACCUCCUGAGAUAGGUUUUUUAACAAAUUUGAAGAUAUUGGAUUUACGUUUUAAUAAGCUCCAGAAUUUGCCAGAGCAAAUAGGCCAAUUAACAAAUUUACAGCAGUUGUUAUUACGUUUUAACAAAAUAGAGAAAUUACCGGACACGAUAAGUAGGCUGGUUAAUUUGCAGGUGUUAUCGGUGAGAAACAACAGAUUGAAUGAAUUAACUAAAUCUGUGAACAGUUUGAGCCAGUUAUCAUUGCUGGACUUACAGCACAACUCAUUGUCGAGUUUACCGGAUUUGAACAAUUUGUCGAUGUUGAAAACAUUAGACCUGCAGUAUAAUCAACUGAAUGCAUUAUCAUCGUCAAUAGUGAGCCUCAGUUCACUGACUAGUUUGCAUUUGAAAUAUAAUCAGAUCGCAGAGUUGCCCAAAAAUUUUGGCUUAUUGAAAGAGUUAGAAGAGUUGGAUUUAGAGAGUAAUAGACUGAGUGACUUGCCGAGUUCGCUGAAGGAGUUGGUCAAGCUCAAAAAGUUAUAUUUGAACCGCAAUAAUUUUGUCAAAUUACCGAAAUGUAUGGAAUAUAUGACGGGAGUCAAUGAGUUGUUUUUGAACUCGAAUAAUCUGAGCGAGUGUAACGUGCUAUCGAAGCUGACAGCAUUGCAGACGCUCAAUUUAAGUGGAAAUCAGUUUGAAGAGUUUCCGACGUGUAUCAGAAAUCUCUCUUUAUUGAGAGAUUUAGAUUUGAGUAACAACAAUAUAGCUAAAAUAGACGAUGAACAAUUUUUCAAGAAUCUAGGCAAGCUACAGACGCUUAACUUAUCAGCCAAUGCCUUGUCAGAGUUGUCGUCGGAUAUUGGACUUUUGAUGUCGCUGGAAAAGUUGAACCUCGCGGAAAAUCAGUUUCAGAAAUUGCCGAUCGAGAUAUGCAAUCUGUCCAAUUUGGUGGAACUUAAUUUAGAAGAAAAUGAACUCGAAGAGUUACCAGCUCAAAUUGGCAGUUUAUCAUCGUUAGAGGUUCUCCAUGUGAACAGGAACCUGCUGAAGAACCUGCCGAAUCAAGUAUACCUGCUACCACUCAAGGUCUUUGGCAUCGAUAACAAUCCACUAGAUAUGAUUCCGAGAGACAUCGUUGAAGCAGGGUCCCAGGAUACCUUCAACUACCUGGGUAGGAGGCUACAGAACUUAGAAAUGUGGCCGGAUCACCAAUUGAACGAUGAGACAGAACUUGAGUAAUAAGCUACUUAGUAGCGCAUACUGGAGGGAUAGAAAUAAGAUGGGGCGAGUACAUGUACUGGCACUGAAAAAUACAAUCCCUCGUCUCCUUUCUUUUUUUGUAAUCUUACUCUACAUUCCCCUUUGCAUUGAGACAUUUAGGUGAUACAUCCGCACAUACGUUAGUUUAUCCUUUUCAGAAAAGGAUAAGACUUUAAGGUGACAUGUAUAUGCAACGUCACGGUCAAUGAUGCAGAUCGCUGCAUCUGCAAAUAAAGAGGUUCGGAAGAGAAACAAAAAGGGACAAGCUCAAAAAAAACUUCAUAUCUUCGAUCCUGAAAAGGCUGCAGUUUGUAGUCUUACUACUACCUUUUUUUGCCCUUUCGAUAGCCAAGCACGUCAGAGAAAUUAGCCUCACGACUCAGCUAACUUUUUUUGCGAGGCCGUGUCUGCCCGUUCAAACUUUAGCAACGCAUAUUGACCGUCGUUCUAAAUUUUUUUUUUAAAUACAGAUCAAAAUUUCAUUCUAGAUCUUGUGGCUAUUUGAGCAGGAAAAAUGGUCAACGUACCUAAGACUUGUCGUGUUCGCUGUCGCUCAAAUAGAUGCAAGAAGCACACCAUCCACAAGGUUACGCAAUACAAGGCUAGCCCGGAGCGCCUCGUGAGUCAAGGCAGGCGUCGUUAUGACCGCAGAAAGGCUGGAUAUGGUGGCCGAGUCAAGCCACUUCUCAAGAGGAAGGCUAAGACGACCAAAAAAGUGGUCCUCCGUCUGGAAUGUACCAAGUGUCAAUUCAGACAUCUGAAGGUGCUUAAACGAUGCAAAAAGUUUGAGCUAGGUGCUGAAAAGAAGAGCAAGAACUCGGUUAUCAACUUUUAGGGUGGCAAAAUCUGGUGCAUUUGCGCAUUUUAGUAAAAGAACUGAAAAAAUUUCUGA